UACAAUUUUGUCUUGAGAGAGAGAGAGAGAGAGAGAUGGACUGGUUGAGCUUUUCCCUUUAUCUCAUUCUCACCUGGGCAUUGCUGGAAGCUCUCUUCUACUCACUUGGAAGAGGUAAAAAGAGUUCAAGAUCAAAGCAGCUUCCACCGGGGCCAAAACCCUUCCCAGUCAUUGGGAACCUGCACCAACUUGGUGACAAACCCCACAAGUCUCUUGCCAAACUUGCCCAAAAACAUGGCCCUCUCAUGUCCCUAAAACUAGGUCAAGUAACUUCCAUAGUCAUUUCUUCAGCAGCCAUGGCCAAAGAAGUUCUCCAAACCCAUGAUCACUUCUUCUGUAACCGAACAAUCCCCGAUUCGCUUCGAGCUCAUGAUCACCAUACGAUUGGAUUGCCUUGGCUACCAGUUUCAACCAUGUGGAGAAACCUUAGAAAAAUAUGCAACACUCAACUCUUUGCCAAUAAAAUGCUUGAUUCCAACGAAAACCUGCGGCGCAGGAAACUGCAGGAGCUCCUUGAAGAGGUCCGUCAAAGUAGCGUAAGCGGUCAGGCACUGGAUAUUGGGAAGGCUGCAUUCACAACAGUUCUCAAUUUGUUGAGCAAUACAAUUUUUUCGAUCGAUUUGGCCGACCCAAAUUCUGAAAUGGCUAGGAACUUCAAGGAGAUGGUGUGUAAUAUUAUGAUGGAGGCUGGGAAGCCGAAUUUGGGGGACUGUUUUCCUGUGCUUAGAAAAUUUGACCCCAAUGGCAGAAGGCGGAGGAUGACAAAGUACUUUAGUAAGAUAUUGGAUCUGAAUGAUAGGUUAAUCAACCAAAGGAUGGAGUUACGAAAAUUGCCUGGUUCUGCGGUUAAAAAUGAUGUGUUAGAAACCCUUCUUAACAUUGCUGAGGAAAGCAGUGAAGUGAUCAACAAAAAUGAUAUCAAUCAUCUGUUACUGGUCUUAUUUGUUGCUGGAUCAGACACAACAUCGUCCACAUUCCAAUGGGCAAUGGCAGAGCUAUUGCACAACCCUGAGGUUCUAUCCAAAGCUCAAUUAGAGCUUGAGCAAGUAAUUGGCAAAGGCAAUCCAAUAGAGGAAUCAGACAUUGCAAGACUGCCUUACUUGCAAUCCAUAGUCAAAGAGACCUUUAGGUUGCAUCCUGCAGUUCCAUUGUUACUUCCCCGAAAAGCUGGAGCAGACGUAGAAAUUGAAGGCUACACAGUGACAAAGGGUGCACAAGUGCUUGUUAACACGUGGGCUAUUGGCAGGGACACAAACUUGUGGGAUGAGCCGAAUUCGUUUAAGCCGGAGAGGUUUUGGGGGUCGGAAGUUGAUGUUAGAGGCCGGAAUUUUGAGCUUAUACCUUUCGGAGGUGGACGGAGAAUAUGUCCUGGAUUGCCAUUGGCAAUGAGAAUGUUGCACUUAAUGUUGGGUUCUCUUAUUCAUUUAUUUGAUUGGAAGCUUCCAGAUGGGGUUACACCAAAGAACAUGAACAUGGAUGAUAAGGUUGGCCUCACCUUAGAGAUGUCCCAACCCUUGCGAGCUAUUCCUAUCCCAUUGUAAAUGUCCAAUAUUUUGCAAAACUACUCCAUGAAUUAUUAUUGUUUUGCAAAGUGGAAUGUUUCUUGUUUUCAUGAAUAAUCUGGGAUGGACAGUUUUAUGCCAGGUGACAAGUUUGAGUGACAUGUAGCUUUCGAAUUAAACAUGUAAUAGAUUAUAAAUAUAAAAGCA